AUGUCCCUCAAGCGCCAAGCAGAUCUGCAGGGCUCGGAGAACCCCGACUCGAGACCGAGCAAGAAGAGAUUUGACGCUGCGACGGAGGGCAUGCCGUGGUCCUCGAACUCGCAGCGCGACGGUGAGAGUGGGGAGCAGACCAGACGCGGCAGAAGGCGUGGAAGUGAUGGGCAGGCCUCCCGUGGAUUAUGGACCCCCGCCGCUGAAGCAGGUGCUCGGCCUCUCAGCCACGAAUCACGAGCCGACGCGGAUGGACCGGAUGCAGCAAAAGCCGCACGCAGCCGUCCCCGAGGAGAAACGACUCACGGUGGAGGCGGCCAUGAGCGACAUCCCGAAACCAUCGUUGGGCGUGGUUCGUCGGAGUCUGACGGAACGAGCCCACCUCGUCCACAGUCUACAACUGUCCAGGACAAGCAUCUCAUCACCAACGGCCUACCUGCUCCUCCCUCCAGGGCAGCCGAAGAGCAGCGCAACUCGCCCGCCGCCCCUCCAGCCGCGACUGCUCGCUCUGCCAACGCAAGCAUCCCACGCCCACCCACGAAAGCGCCUACACCAACACCCCAGCCACGCCACGAGCCACAACCGCAGCGCCCGGCCCAGAGCGCCCUGGAACAAACGCUGGCCGUCUUCGCCGCGCGCUUCGGAUGGGAAUUCGCGCUCUUCAAAGCGCACCUCCUCUCCAACCUCCAAGACGUCCGCACGGCCGAACAGAGUCACCUGCAGACACAGAUCCAAUCCCUCCGCUGGGAAGUCACGCGGGCGAGGGAGCUUCUCCAAAAGGAGAUGGACCUGCGCGGACAGGACCGCAUCGCGAACAGGGCGAGGGAGAGGCAGAUGGCGGAGCGUCUCGAGAGCUUGAAGGGGGAGAGGGGAGACUCGUCUCGGGAGGGUUCACUUGGGAAGGCGAAUCGGAAGUUGACGGAGGAGGUCGGAUUGUUGCGGGCGGAGAAUCAGAUGCUCUUGGGACGGGUGGUGGGUUUGACGAGGGAGGUCGAAGGGCUGGGGAAGAAGAAGACGAAUGCGAAUGAUAGUUCGCCGGCGGAAAGUGAUGAUGAGGAGAGACUUUCCGGCCUUGAGUCCAGCGACGAGUCGGACUGA